UACAGCUAUACUCGUAUACGUAAUUAUCAGAUUAAUACUCGAACUAUUACUAUUACUAUGCAACUUACUUUAUUGCCUUUCACUGAGUGAAUUAUUGGUUAAAGCCACUUUUAAUCGUGAUAUAUACAAACAAAUACAUACAUAUACCUAACCAUGCUUCUUGUAAUUUAAUGAUAUUAUAAAUAUGUUGUGAUUUGAGGAGCUGUGACAUACAUACAUAUGUAGUAGCGCGUCCGUCCUCUUAUCUGCAACACGCACAUACUUAUAUUACAUACUUUCGUAAAUACAUAUGUAUGUAUGUAGUAUGUUGUAUUUGCCUAAUAAUAUAUAUUUUAAUUUGACUAACGAGUAUUCAUACUAACUAAUUAUGCUGUAGCUGAAUUAGGUGUGCGUUGCAUGUGUGAUUUAGUAUUUUAUCUAGCGUAAAUAUGUAUAUUCCGACAGCGGAGACUAUACUCGGCCGCCACAGUACCAUUGAGAUACGUUCCAUUCACUUGGGUGGAAUGUUCCAUGCCGAGGAGGAAAUUCAAAUGACAUCGACAAUGCCCAAUUUUAUUGGCCAACUACAAGGAUUCAUUUUCAAUGGGCUAAGAUAUAUUGAUAUUGUUAAGAAUUUGGGCCCGGAGUUGUCGGCACUGCCGAGCGCCACUUUCAAGCUGACGGCGCGUUUUGUUAACUCACCACCCGGUAAUCCCUAUCAUGCUGCCACCUUUCGCUCCAAGCACUCCUAUGUAGGCUUACCGAUGCUCAAAGCAUAUUCAAGCGUCUCAGUGGAUUUCCGUUUCAAAACCGUUGAACCCAAUGGAUUGGUGCUCUUCAAUGACGGGCGUCGCAAUGAUUUCAUUGCUUUGGAGUUGGUCAAUGGACAUAUUCAUUAUACCUUCGACAUUGGCGACGGUCCAAUAACAAUGCGUGACAAAUCGCGCAUACACAUGAAUGACAAUCGUUGGCAUCAAGUGAGCAUAAGGCGGCCGGGGCCGAAAACGCAUACGCUCACCGUUGACGAUUCCUUUGAGAUAGUGACUUUGACCGGCAAUAGCAUGCAUUUGGAGCUUUCGGGUAUACUGUACAUAGGUGGCGUUUUUAAGGACAUGUACGCCAAACUGCCAGCGUCCAUCUCGUCGCGUUCCGGCUUUGAAGGUUGUUUGGCUUCAUUGGAUUUGGGCGACACAUCACCCACACUGACCAGCGAUGCAGUGGUGCCCAGCUCGUUGGUGGUGACGGGCUGUGAAGGACCAACCAAGUGUAGCCAGAAUGCAUGCGCCAAUCGUGGCGUUUGCGUACAACAAUGGAAUGCCUAUGUCUGUGAGUGCGACAUGACUUCAUACACCGGCCCGACGUGUUACGAUGAAUCGAUUGCCUAUGAAUUUGGCAACAACAAGGGUAUAAUUCAAUAUUCAUAUCCGGAGAAUAUGCAAGCCGAUACGGAGGAGGACAAUUUGGCGUUGGGUUUCAUAACAACAAAAUCAGAUGCAGUUAUUCUGCGAGUUGAGAGCGCAACGACUCAGGAUUACAUGGAACUCGAGAUAGUUGAAGGCAACAUUUUUAUGGUUUACAAUAUUGGUACACGCGAUCUGCCAUUGGGCGAAAUUGGUACAAAAGUGAAUGAUAACACUUACCAUGUGGUACGUUUUAGCCGCAAAGGUGGCAAUGCCACACUACAGCUCGACGACUACAAUGUACAAACGCUGAAUCCACAAGGACACCAAUCGACCGUUUUCAAUACUAUGUCCAGCAUCCAGGUGGGCGGAAAAUUUAGCCGUGGCGGUCGCACGCGUAUCGAACGCCCAUUUGCGGGUGUUAUUGCCGGUUUGUCGGUGAAUAAGCUACGCAUACUGGAUCUGGCGGUUGAACGUGACCCACACAUAACCAUACGAGGAGAUGUUCAAUUGGUAACUGGAGUAUUAGAUAGAAAUGAUCUGCAAAGAAUGCAGCAGACUCCGGCCAGCGGUUAUCCCGGUGCCAUAGAUGAUUUAAUAUUUUCGGGUGCCGGUUCGGGUUGUCGUGGCGAUGACGAAGAUGAGUGUACGCCACCAUUCGAAUCAGGCAGUGGCGAUGAUCUGAUAACGCCCGUUUAUGUACCGCCGACAAAGCAAACAACAGCAGCACAAAAUGUUAACACCGACAAGACAAAUGGCACUGAGCGCGCCUGCGAUGAUGAGGAUUGUCUGCAUGGAUCGGGCGAUUAUGGUGAAACCACUGAGCAGUUCACUUCAACAAGCACGGCAAAAGGAUCAGAGAGCAACAAUGAAAUCGUGUCGUCCACCACAGAUGGUACGAGCCGCCGCACUGAUACGUCCUCAACCACAGAACAGCAGCGUUCAAGUAGCACCAGUUCCAGUAGUGUUGUGACUCGAACCGAAAGUCAGACGUAUGCACCGCGUGAAACUACCGUCCCAUAUAGCGCUACUACGAACAUAGUUACCCAGCAGCGCCAGACAUCGACACCCACAUCCGUCUACACUACGUCUACGCAGCGAACAUCUACAACGACCUUGACCACAACAACUAGCCAAGCAACACCACCACCCGAAGUUCAUUCCACAGCUACCGAACACCCAACAACGCCAUACGAUAUAGUACAAGUAUUUAGCGGCGGAAAUGGUGGUGAACGGCAUCAUGGAGAGGACGAUGAUAAAUCAAAUAUGAUAUUCAAUGGCGAGCAUAUAUCUAUACCAGGAGAACGGCCAUCGCCACAUAUACCGCCGCCACAUGAGUCGCCGCCAUACUAUCAAAUGCCACCACAGCAACCGCCUUCGUAUGGGAAUAAUUAUCGCUCCAAGGGUAAAGGGGGACGCGUUAACUCCAUCGAGGAGGAGCGCACGGCUAUGAUAAUCGGUAUUGUAGCCGGUAUACUGAUAGCUGUUAUACUUGUCAUACUGCUGGUGCUGUGGCUCAAAUCGACCGGUGAUCGCAACUACAAGACGGAAGGAGAAAAGGCCGCCGCCUAUGGGCAUAAUCCCAAUGCGGCAUUGCUGGGCAAUAGCAGCACAAACGGUUCCUAUCAUCAGCAACGCCACCACGGGACACAUCAUCAGAAUUUAACAAAUGGGCAUAAUACAGGAGGCGGUGGAGGUGGCGGUGGCACUGGUGGUGGUGGUAGCGGUAGUGGCAGCAUGCUCGGCGCUUCUGGAGUCAGCGGAGGUGGUGGCGGCGGCACGGUCGGCUAUGGCUGCAUCAGCUCCGGCAUGGCCAGCACUGGGGCCGAUGGCCGUCCGCAAAUGGCCGGGCUGGUGCAACCCAAACCGAAAAAACGUGAUUCCAAGGACGUGAAAGAAUGGUAUGUGUAA